AUGGAACAGUCUACAAGGGUCGUGGGCCUGGACGCGCAAGGCAACAUGCUUUUCACCAUGGUGAAGCCUGUCAUGGGAAUAUUUCAGGUGUCCUCAGACCAAACUGUGACCACAGCGGGAAUGGGUCUGCAGGGCUUAGCCGAAAACACACUUCUCCUGCCUCCACCUCAAGACCAAGUUACACUGGAGAGCACCCAGGUGGAAAUGCAUGCCAUCCAGCCUCAUCUUCAACCUCAAAUGGAGGUUUCUACCCAAGUACAGACUGAGGAAGCCAUUCAGAGUCAGGUAUUGCCACAGAACUCCAGCAACACUGAAGAAUUCGCCACACAAAUGCCCUUUGCAGAGGUGUCAUCACUCCUGGAUCCCAACAUGAAAGGUUCCAAGGCUCGGAAACAUCUCAUCUCCUAUGACGAGAUUAAGCGCCGCCUGCAGGCUCCAGAGAAAAUGUCCCUGCGUUCAUUGGCCGCCUACACUCGCGUGAGCCGAGGACCGGCAAGCAAGAAGACACUGUUGGAGUCCCUGAGUGUCCUCGGCCUCACGCCCAGUACCACUACUUCUGUUUCCUCAUCUUUCUCCAAACUGACCGAAGGUGACACGAGAGCAUUGUGCGACGACAUGAAGGAGUUCUCUCAUGACUACAUUGACUAUGGCAACAUGGCAAAACAGCUUAUCCCAAGCACAAACACAGUCCAACACUGGUCCAAAAUCAUUGAGACAAAAAAUCACCUUGAGGACAUGCGGAAAAGUUUCAAGGACCCAACCAACAGUGGGGCCUUUGACAGCGCAACACACGGCCUUGGACUGGGAAUGCUGGACGUGGCUCUGGACAUGAUCGUUGCGGUAAUCGAGCAGCAGAUCCGCAUCCUAUCGGGCUCCGCCACAACGGAGCCUCUUGAAUCCAUUGUGCCGACACGCCGCAUCCGCAGGCGACAACGCCGGUGUCACAAGACUUCCCUCGGCAUCAAAGAGCAAGGAAAGGCCAUCUCAAAAAACAAAGGGCGAAGCAGAGCGAAGAAAAAGUUACUUCAGGAAAAUACAGUGGAAGUGGAGCCCUGCAAGACAGAUGACCUGCAAGGCAACGUGUUAACUUUGGUAUCUGUGGGAUAUGAGGCUGUUUCAACUGGGCUUGGAUCCAGACCGACUUGA